AUGAGGGCACAAUCCAGUCCAGUAUUUUCUUCUGUGUCCUUCUUUGAAACCACUUAUGUGUUUGUCCACAGUGCUUGCAAACCGAGGAUUGUUGGGAGAGAAGUCCUGCCCUUUACUCAGGAAUUCUUAAUACAAAGCAAGAAACAUUACAGCGCAGAGCUGGAGUCUGUGGACUUCAAGACCAGGUCUGAAGAAGUCAGGAUUGAUGUCAACAACUGGGUGCAGCAACAAACACCAGGUAACAUCACAGAGGUGGUGGAUGAAGAGGAUUUGAAUGAACUGACCAGGCUGGUGUUGUUCACUGCCACCCACUUCAGAGGCAGCUGGAUUAAAGAUUUCUCGUGGUCUGAAACUUAUUAUGCUCAAUUUUGGCUCAAGAAGAAUGACUCAAAGCCUGUGAAGAUGAUGAAACAGGAAGAGAACUUCAUGUGUACCUUCAUCGAAGAAGCAAACUGCAAAAUUCUAGAGAUGCCUUACAGCGGGGAGGAAGUGAGCAUGCUCAUCUUUUUACCUGCAGAGAUCGAGGAUGAUACAACAGGACUGGAGAAGCUGGAGAAGGAGCUGACCUAUAAAAAGUUUGUGGCUUGGACUCAUCCAGGCAAGAUGCAAACAUGUUACAUUGAUGUGAGGCUGCCUCAAUUUACACUGGAGGAGACGUAUGACCUGAACACAGUCCUGAGCAGCAUGAGCAUGGUGGACGCCUUUGAUCACACAAAGUGUGACUUCUCUGGCAUGUCUGGGCACAAAGAUCUGGUACUUUCAAAAGUCAUCCACAAGGCUUUUGUGAAGGUCCACGAGAAGGCAACUGAGGCUACUUUUGUGGAUAUGUGUUGGGGUGAGUUCCAUUCGGGCAAGAAAAGCUGGAGCAAUUUUGAUUUAAAAUCCUUCAUCGCAGACCACCCCUUCCUCUUCUUCAUCAGACACAACCCCACCAUGAACAUCCUGUUUGCUGGUCGGUUCUGCUGCCCUGUGUGAGCUCUGUGUCCUUUAGAGCAGCUCAGUACCAGAAGUCUUUAGUGUUUAGUUGGAGAACCUUUCAAAAUCACUGCACAACAGCGCUGUAUUCAUAUUAAUAUACAGCUCUCUACUAUCAGUUUUUGUCUUUUGUUUGUUUGUUAUAUUGUGUAUUUUUCUCAUUACAAAACUUUCUCAUCUUUAAAUGUUAUCUGUUCAGAUGUUUAUACCAUACUCUUCUAAUGUCCCAUCUUCUGAUCAGAAAUUUAUCAAACAGUGUUUAGUGGCUGAAAUGAGACAAACUGCUGCAUGAUGUAUAAUUUACGUUUGAUCUUAAUUUUUCAUUGACUUCACACUGGCCGGUUCGGGACAAUCAGCACAUACAAUGCCCAGUUCUGCACUA